AUGGCGACGAACGGCGAGUCCGGUCGAGCCUCAGGAAGCUUGGUGGAUGCCUCGGGCUACAAGUUUACGGAGAAGGAUACAAAGCCCGGCAAGAUGAAGGUCAAGAAGACCUCCAAGGCCUCGACUAAGAAGAAGGCAGACGAUGCAAAGGAUGGUCCCGUUGAAUCCUCGCCUACUUCUCCUCUGCCCAAAUUGGACGACAAGCUCGCCACUUCUUUCCCGACUGGUAGACCACGCGAGGAGGAUCUACUUGAGACUGUCAUUUGCAAGCACUGCAAACGCCCCAUUUUGAAAUCAUCUGCUCCGGAACAUAUUCGUGGAUGUCUGAAGGCGAAGCAAGAGAAGGCGCGCAAGAAGAAGGAAGCCCGUGAUGCUGCGAACAGGGCCAAGGUAGGUGAUGGUAAGGAUGACGAUGAUAUCCGCGAUAAGAUCGACGUGGGUGAAGACGCAAUGAAGGGACAGAAGAGCGCAAAGAAGAGCGCGGUCAAGGGCACCGCCGAUGACGGCACGAAGAAGGGCAAGAAGCGAAAGGCCGACGAAGACGAUAGCAAGGAGCCCAAGAAGAAGAAAAAGAAGGAUGAGCCCAAGGCUAAGACCGCGAAGCCUAAGGGUCCUGUUGAUGUUGAGAAGCAGUGUGGUGUGACCCUGCCCAACGGUGCCCAGUGCGCUCGCUCGCUCACUUGCAAGAGCCAUUCGAUGGGCGCCAAGCGUGCCGUUCCCGGCCGGUCUCUUCCAUAUGAUAUGCUUCUUCAGCAAUAUCAGAAGAAGAAUCAGGCUCGCCAGCAGAAGGCUGCGAUCGAUGCCAAUGCCCCGCUGCAAGACGAAGUUGAUACGAAUGGUCCGGUUGAUUCGGACGAAGAGAGAGAUACUGUCAUGGCCGCUAUUGCCCGUUCCAACCCCAAACCCCUCGCCGAACAUACCCUCAUUACCUCACGCACAAAAUAUCGAUAUGUUCGCAUUAAAGAACAAAUGCUACACGCAAUUGGUGGACGUGGCGGUGGUCUUUUCUCCACUGAUGACAGCCAGCCCUUGUUUGGUGGAAGCAUAUUCCAACCAUUUGACCCCGAUAUGGAUAGUUCAUCCCCGAUGCUCCCCAAUGCUGACCUUGGCGAUGGCUCCAUUUCUGUGGAUGGAUCAAGAAAGACCCCGGUGCAAGGUGUACGGAAAACACCUGUUGCUGUUGCCUCUUGA